CAAAACUUGUCAAUCUCAAGCUGAGAUUUCUCCUUUUCAAUAUCGCUCUAGAGUAUGUCAAGGUGAUACAAUAGGUGUAGUUUGUAUUGGUAAUAGUUAUGAGUUUCGAACCUGCAAUAUUGGAGUACCUUGCCCAGGGAAGGAUGUUGAAAAGUUCGUGAUACAUAUGCUAUCUCCAGAACAAAUUAUCUUGCUAAAGAAAUCUUACCUGUUCUGUUGGGAAUCAAAGAAGUUGUAGAAAUGGCAUCUGCAGGCAAAGUUCCAACUAUACAAAAUGGUGUUAACUGGGUCAUGAUUCUAUAUUUGAAAUUGGAGAAAAGUAUCAACUUGAUUGAUGUUUUUCCUGCUAAAACUCUUCACGAGUAUAUGCUAAAAUAUUUAUUGGAACGUUUUCCACUUUAGUGUUCAAAAAACAAGGCUUACGCUGUUAGCUCAAUCUUUUAACUAUAUUUUAAAGUUAAGUGUAUUGCAGCUCUUGAAAUAAUUUAUUUAACGAAUAAUAACUAUACUAUCAAACUAUUAAUCAACUUUUUUCUAAAUAGUGGUUUGGUACCAAAAUGGUAUUGACUGGGUUGGUACCAAAAUGGUAUUUGAAGAUGUCAAGACGGAAAUUGUAUAAUUAUAUAAAUCCUACAUCGACUGGCAAAGUAAUGUUUAUACACAACUGUUAUUGAUGAAGUUGACAAAGAUGAUGAGGUCAUAAAGUUUUGCUCUGAUCCUGCUGCUGUUGCAGCUAAAUUUGCUGUCAAUAUAAAGUGCAAGAGCGAUAUUGAAACAAAAUGGGACACUUAUAUGUUAUGAGUAGAUCAAAAACAGACAAAUUGUGCAAUGCAUUAGAAUGGUUCUGAAAAUAAGAAGGAAAUAUUGCCUUUGCCAGAAUUAGCUUGAAGAUGAUUGUGCAUACCCAUCUCCUUUGCAACCACUGAAAGAGUCUUCUCAGCAGGCAGGCAUAUUUUUACAACUAAACAAACAAAGCUUCAACCUGAAUCUGUUGACAAGUUGAUUUACAUCCAGCAUAACUUCCAUCAGGUUACAAUCCAAAAAAAGCGUUUGAGAUCUGACCUUCCUGAGGAUCAUCCAGUAGAAGGUGCAAUAAGUACUGAUGCUGAUCGGAUCCAUUUUACUGUUAUAAAGUAAUUACAAUGGUUGGAGUGAUUGGAGUAUUUGUUCAGCAUCUUGUCUGCUUACUUCUCAAGAUUUUCCAUUUCAAAGUCGCAGUAGGAUUUGUCAUGGUGAUACUUUAGGUGGGGGUUGUGUUGGCUCAAGUUAUGAAUCUAUGCCAUGUAAUUAUAAUAUACCUUGUCCAGGUAAUUUGACUGAUUGGAGCCAGUGGAGUGCAUGCUCUAGUACUUGCAAGACUAUCAGUGAUGGACCUUACCAAUACAGGAACAGGUCUUGUGUUGGUUAUUCUACUUGGAAUGUUAAGGAUGUACCUUGUAAUGGCAGCAAUAUAACUGAUCAAAAAUUUUGCAAUCAAAAUGUACCUUGUUUAGGUAAUUAUAGUACUUGGAGUAAUUGGAGUAUUUGUUCAGCAUCAUGCCAGCUUACUUUUCAAAAUUUUCCAAUUCAAUCACGCAGAAGGAUUUGUGAAGGUGAUACUUUAGGUGGGGGUUGUGUUGGCCCAAGUUAUGAAUCUUUACCAUGUAACAAUAAUAUAUCUUGUCCAGGUAAUUUAACUGAUUGGGGCCAGUGGAGUACAUGUUCUAGUACUUGUAAAGCUAUCAGUGAUGGACCUUACCAGUACAGGAACAGAUCUUGUGUUGGUUAUUCUAUGUGGAAUAUUAAGGAUGUACCCUGUAAUGGCAGUAACACAUCUGAUCAACAAUUUUGCAAUCAAAAUGUACCUUGUUUAGGUAAUUAUAGUGCUUGGAGUGAUUGGAGUAUAUGUUCAGCAUCAUGUCAGCUUACUUCUCAAGAUUUUCCAAUUCAAUCUCGCAGUAGGAUUUGUGAAGGUGACACUUUAGGUGGGGGUUGUGUUGGCCCAAGUUAUGAAUUUUUGCCAUGUAAUAAUAAUAUAUCUUGUCCAGGUGUUUUGAGUAGUUGGAAUACAUGGGGAGUAUGUUCACAAAGCUGUCAUCAAAGUUAUGAUUUACCUAUGCAAAGUAGAAGUCGUUUAUGUGAAGCCUCUAGUUUUGGUGGAAAUUGUUAUGGAUCUUUACUCAUAGAAACACGUAGUUGCAACAUAUUUGUAAACUGCCCAGGAUUUAGCUGUGCAAAUGCCAAUUUUUUUAUAUCUGGUAGUCAGUGGACUGAUCAGCUCUCCAAUAAAUCAAGUGUAGAAUAUCAAAAUCUCUCAAAUCAAUUACUCAAUCAGUUUCAAAAAAAAUUUACUUCAGAAAAGUUUACAAAUGAACUAUAUUUUCAAGAUGUUCAAUUUUAUAGAAACACAAAUAUUGCUGUGAAUGUGAGAUUUACUUACGAAGUUCAACUUGGAAAUACUAUUGAGAAUUGUGUCAAUUUAGUUAACUUUAAAUUGGGACCUAAUUUACUUGGUGUUUCAAUUAAACCUUGUGAUUGCUGCAUUAAUCAAACAGUUGGGGAAGAAAAUUUAAGAGGAGUGUAUACAUUUCCAUUUACUAUAGUUCACAAUACAUUAACAAUAAUGUGUGCAUACAAUUCCAGUAUUACUUUUGAAACACAAUGUAUGAUCAAUAACGCUUCUUAUUUACCUGAGUUGGUGUUUGCAUCUCUUGAUAGCUGUCCAUUAUAUUCCCCUACUACUUAUCAACUCAUCAAUGCAGCUAAUCUUAAUGUUACAAAUGAAAAUAUUCUGGAUGUUACAAUGGAAUUAAAUAGCAUUAUUCAAAAUGGUUACCUAACAUCCAGUUUUGAUAUUAAGUUGGUUUCAACUAUUUUGAAGAAUAUUAUUAGUGUCAACGCUUCUUCAGAAAAUGUAACUAGCGGUGUUUUAUCAUCAAUUAAUAGCUUAUUAAGUUCAAAUUCAAGUUUAAUUCAAAGUGCAAAUCAGAUUUAUAAUUCAUCUACUGAGUUUUUAUUUUUAUUGGAUGAUUUGGGAAAGCAGCAGAGUAAUAAUGUUAGUAUAUCAUUUAAAAACUUAGGGUUGACAUCAUAUUCAAUCAAACCAAAUGGUAACUCUGUUUAUGUUUAUUCUUCAGAAUAUAUUGAUAAAGUUGGUGUUAACAUAUCAAGUGAUGAUUUUAAUGAUGAGUUAGAAGAGUUUAACAAUUAUAUAGUCCUUCCUUCACAGUUGUUCAAGGGUGAAAAUAAAAUUCAAAUUUAUUCAUAUAUUUACAAAGAUAGUUCUUUUUUCACAGAGGUAAAUAAAACUAUAGAAAGUCUAAUUCUUUCUGCUUCUUUAAAUGGCAUCGAUGUGAGAGAAUCCAGCAGUUUAAUUAAUAUAAAGUUUUCCAAGCUUUCAGGUGUUUCAGAGACUGAAAAAUCAGGCAGCGUUACGUGCAGUUUUUAUAAAGUAAAAGAAAAAACAUGGUCUUCUGAUGGAUGCAGUAUUGUCCGUAUGUCUUCAUUGGAGAUAAUAUGUCAAUGCAAUCAUUUAACAAGCUUUGCAAAAUUAUUAAAUGUUUAUCAAUCAAAUGAAGAAUCACUUGGCCUUGAAGUUGUUACAUGGAUUGGUUGUGGACUAUCAAUUGCAGGAUUAGUUCUUACUAUUGUUAGCUAUUCUGCUUUUUCCUCAUUGCGACAGAAACUGGCUCCAAAAAUCUUUAUUAUUUUGUGUGCAAACUUAUUGUGCACUCUUGUUCUAUUCCUCGCUUUGGUAUCAAAAGCAGAACCUCGUGGUUUGUGUCAGACUGUUGCUUCAUUGUUGCAGUUUUUUGUUUUGUCAACAUUUUUCUGGAUGGCAGUAGAAGGAUUUAAUUUAUAUAAAAUGUUUGUAAAAGUGUUUGGUGGAUCAUCUGACUCCACUAAAUUUUUGCUAAAAGCUUCAGCAUUUGGAUGGGGUAUGCCAUUAGUAUUAACAAUUGCGACUGCAGUGUGUAAACCUGAUUCCUUAGGCCCCGGUACAGGUUCAAUCACUAAAACAGAAUCAAAGUUGUGUGUUGUUCGUGGUUUUUCAUUUUAUUUUGGUAUACUUUUACCUGUCUGCCUAGUAAUGGCAUUCAAUGUUGUAAUACUUUUAUUAGCUAUCAAAGGUAUCGAUAGCAACUCUAGUCUACAGAAUAAGAUGAAGAAAAAAAAGAAAGUUCGAAUUGCUUUUGCAUGCUCUCUAUUGCUUGGCACAACUUGGUUAUUUGCAAUUUUAGCUGUAGGAAAACUUAAAGUUGCAUUUCAAUGGUUGUUUUGUAUUUUUAAUUCUCUUCAAGGUUUCUUUAUAUUUCUGUUCUAUACCCUUGAUAAUAAAAAAGUUAAAGAACAAUGGGUAUCAUUUUUGUAUGAAAAAUGUGGCUGGAGAUCAAAAAAAUUUGUGAUAACAAACGCGAAACAAGUUAAUACAGAUUCUCACACUCCUACAUUGACAUUGCAAAUGAAUACAUUAUAAAAUAAUAGCUAGUAUUUAUUACCAUUUCUACACUUCACAAAGUUCUUCUGCUAAUUCCGUCAUAAAUUUCUAAAACUUGCGAUAAAUUUAGCUUAAUCAUGAUCACUUUGAAAAGUUUGCGAUAAAUUUAACUUAUAAAUCAUUUUGGCACACGUAUCCAUGAUAACUUUGGUAAACAAAACAAUGAUGUUAUGAAAUUAAACUGUUUUUUGUUAUGAAAAAAAACUGAAAAUUUUUAUUUUUUAA